AUGUCCGCGCCAGCAAUCCCGAAUCUGAACUCUCUUCGCAGAGGAGGCCAACGCGGACGAGGGAGGAGUCGAGCGGACCACGGUGGACAUGCCGCUGUCGCGCAAGGGUCGAGCCGCAACCAGCAUCAUCACGAUGAAAUUGUACAAAGCACUGAUAACGACGCCGCGACUUCUCGACAAAGUGCUGUAGAUGCCGGUUACCUCGAGGACCCAUUCUCUGCGCUGUUGCACACUGGAGGUCCCGUGUCAAGAAGAUUGCCGCUUAUGAAUAGAGGUAGGUCUCCGUCUGUGAAGAUGGUUCAAGUCCUCAAUUUACCGGCCGCAGGGACUUACGUCAGGACGACUUGCAUUGACCGCAUCGUCGAUACAUUCCUAUCUUCUGCGGGGGAAGGGCGCAAGCAGAUCAUCUCGCUGGGCGCCGGCAGUGACACGAGAUAUUUUCGCUUAAGGCAGAAACGUCGGAAACGUGACGUGAUUUACCACGAACUCGACUUCGAAGCCAACACAAGGCGAAAGAUCAUUCAACUGCGCAGCCCAAGUUUCGAAGCAGCCGCAAAGCAAUUUGCUGAGGUAGAUAUGCGAGGAGCAGACGUCCAGGUUUCCAAUGACGCGGCUGGCUUGGUGUCCCCUGACUACGUAAUUCACCCUCAAGAUCUCCGACACCUCCCACACAAGGAAGCUUUCUUGACCGGCAUGGACAUGACCCUCCCCACGUUGAUAAUCUCCGAGUGCUGUCUUGUGUACCUACCACCUGAUGGCGCUGACGCGGUUUUGCAUUACUUCUCAAAGCUGUUUCCGAAAACGACACCUCUAGCAAUCGCCAUCUAUGAGCCUAUCCGUCCCUACGACUCGUUCGGCAAGACCAUGGUAAGCAACUUGAUGAGUCGAGGGAUACAGCUGCAGACUCUGGAGAAGUAUGCUGGUCUGGAAGAGCAGAGAAGCCGGUUGAGGUCACAUGGGUUUGGUGAUGACGGAGAAAGCUCUCCCCAAGGUGCAGAGGCGGCUGACAUAGACUUCAUCUGGCAAACAUGGAUAGCCCCAGAGGAGAAGGAACGCGUUGACGGGUUGGAGUGGAUGGAUGAGGUGGAGGAAUUUGUGCUUCUUGCCAAACACUAUUGUAUCUGUUGGGGGUGGAAAGGCUUUGGAGAAGGUUCACGCUGGAAGGAUUUACCCAGUCCGACGUCUUGA